AUGUGGUAUCGGGAAGGCGACGGCGACCAGCGAAAGAAUGAAGUUCUGACGGACCUUCUACGUCUCCAAACUCACUUGUCUCAUCCCAUGCUCCUUGGCUAUAUUAAGACCAAGGUCUCGUUGAGUUUCACCUUCGACAUGCUGGACGAUAUGAAUCGAGAAACUCUGGCGCUUGAACAACAAAUUGGGUUCAAGACCUGGAACUGGGUCCUUGAUCGUGUAGAGCCUGGAAGUGGCGUUGGUGAAAUCCAAGAUCAAGCGGUUGAAGGGUUCAAUGUCCUUUCAGGCAAGCUCACCAACAUCCGAUUCCGUCUCAAGACCUUUCAACAACAAAUCAAGUUCAUUUCGAGAUGUAAUAAUCAAUACCGACAGACCCUCGACCCAACCGCACCUACGUUUCAGUCGUCAUGGCGUGAGUGCGAAGAGCUUGACCAUUUCAUGAACGUGAUGUGGGACUAUACCUUUAUCCACCUCUUUGACGCAGACUCGCUAGGCGAACGACUUCACAAUGCCAUGUCGUCGGUCUUUCAAUUGACGACGCAGCGCGAUUCCCGUGCGAGUCUUGCGGUAGCCGACAUCAACAACGAACUCGCGUGGCAAGGGAAGAAUACCAACAAGGCAAUGAUGACCAUUGCGUUCGUCUCCUUACUGUUCCUCCCCGGUACUUUUGUGGCUUCAUUCUUUGACACUCCGAUUUUCAAUUUUGCGUUGCCGACAGACCAUAAGCAGAUCAUCGUGCCACGGCCGUUCGCCAUAUAUUGGAGUGUGAGUGUAGUGUUGACACUGAGUCUAGUAAUAGCAUGGAUGAGCUAUCUUCGCCGGACCAAAGAGAUAGAUCUGCGCGAACGUGAGAUCGAGAGGAGACAGUUUCACGAGCGGAUACGCAGGUGGCAACCAGGAGGUCCGGCGGCCGUGUUGUUAGAGGGCAGGAAUGUCGGCACUGACGCCACCCCCAAGACCGUCGAAAGACGGUCCACAUGGGAUUUUCUGAUGAGGAACAACAAGCCUCGUGAAGGCCGCCAGGCGAGAGACCGCGACAGACGUUGGAGAACUCAAGAGGCGCUGUAUGGGAUUCCGCUGCGGCAAUCAUACGCGAACUCAGGAGCUGGUAUUGGAUCCACGAAACCGUCUUAUCUCGCCCCCAGAGGACAAGGGCGUGGUGGCUGGCCCGCUGCCGUGUACGACGCAUGA